GAGACGAAAACAUGAAGUGGGUGGUGUUCACUUUUAUCUGCCUCCAGCUGGCAGAGGGGCUCGUAAGAGUUCCCCUGAAGAGGUACAAGUCAGCCAGGGAUACCAUGCGGGAGAAAGGAAUUCUGACAGAGUACAUGAAGACACAUAAAAGAGAACCUGCACUUAAGUACCACUUCAACCAAAAAUUUGAUUUUGCUGUAGCCUAUGAACCCAUGUACAUGGAUACAUAUUACUACGGACAGAUCAGCAUAGGAACUCCACCACAAAACUUCCUGGUUCUGUUUGACACUGGUUCUUCCAAUCUCUGGAUCCCAUCCACCUCAUGUCAAAGUGCAGCCUGCAGCAACCACAAUAUGUUCAAUCCCAGCCAGUCCUCUACAUAUACAACCAAUAACCAACAGUUCACCAUGUCUUAUGGCAGUGGCAGUGUCAAUGGAGUCUUCGGUUAUGACACAGUGUCUGUUCAAGGACUAACCCUCACUAAUCAGGAGUUUGGACUGACCUACUCAGAGAGUGGCAGCAGUUUCUACUACUCCAAGUUUGAUGGCAUCUUUGGAAUGGCAUAUCCUGCCAUGUCUGCAGGGGGUGCCACCACUGCCAUGCAAGGAAUGUUACAGCAGAACCUGCUCAACAACCCUAUCUUCAGUGUCUACAUGAGCAGUCAGUCAGGAGAGGUGAUCUUCGGUGGGGUUGAUAAUAGCUUGUAUUCUGGACAAAUUCAAUGGGCUCCAGUCACUCAGGAAGUUUACUGGCAGAUUGGAAUUGAUGCCUUCUCAAUCAAUGGACAAGCAACAGGAUGGUGCAGCCAAGGCUGCCAGGCUAUUGUGGAUACUGGAACAUCUCCUCUGACUGUCCCUCAGCAGUAUAUGGGCUCUCUGUUGCAGUAUCUUGGAGCCCAACAAGGGCAGAAUGGAGCAUACCUGGUCAAUUGCAACAAUGUACAGAACCUGCCACCAAUCAGUUUCACCAUAAACGGAGUCCAGUUCCCUAUUCCACCCUCUGGAUACAUAAUCCAGAAUAAUGGUUACUGCACUGUUGGAGUGGAGGAAACUUACCUCCCAUCUCAGAAUGGUCAGCCCCUCUGGAUCUUGGGAGAUGUGUUCCUGAGGCAGUACUACUCCGUCUAUGACAUGAGCAACAACAGGGUGGGCUUUGCUCAAGCAGCAUAAAGACACCCAGGCUGUCAGUGCACAGAUGAGAGAGCAUAAAUCAGAAGUACAAAUGCUUCAAAACUAUACUGCAUGAACAGUUAUGUAAAAUGUAAUACAUCUUACUGAAAUAAAUAUUUC